CGGAAUCCCCUCAGACGCAAUGUAGGCACAGACAAACUCAGGACUUUUGCACACUCUGCUCUUCACCGCAUGUAAUUUAUCGGAACAAAGCAGGCUACAUUUAAUUUUCUCUCAGCGUUACAACACCUUUGGCAGAUAAACAAAAUGAAGGUCUCAAGCAUAGACUGCCGCCGCCUAAGGAAAAUCAUUCGGAAGGAAUGUGGAAGCUGCCUCAUUGUGGAUUGUCGACCGUACUUUUCUUUCUCGAACUCCGGCAUUAAAGGUUCAGUAAAUGUGAACUUGAACUCGGUUGUUGUCCGAAGAUCCCGGGGUGGACCGGUACCUAUUCAAUUUGUCAUCCCAGACGAAAGAGCCCAGUAUCGACUUCGAGAAGGUAGCAUCUCGACUGUUGUUGCUUUGGACGACAGGACAUCACAUUGGCAAAAACUGAAAAAGGACAGUGUCGCACAGAUCGUUAUAAAUACGCUUUCACAUCUAGCAAGUGGAGCAAACAUUUGUUUUCUUAAAGGUGGAUACGAGAACUUCCAUUCCCAGUACCCUGAACUUUGCACGGAGAUGAAGCCAAUCCCACAUAGCGGAACUGAAAACGAGAAAAUAGCGAGCAACAUCCACUGUGAGAAACUGAGCGCCCAUCAUAAACCGGAUUACGAUCAGGGCAAGCCUGUGGAGAUUCUCCCUUUCCUUUACCUUGGCAGUGCCUACCACGCCUCCCGACAGGACUAUCUGAGUGACCUUCAGAUCACAGCAUUGCUCAACGUCUCCCGGAGGGACACACAGCAAUCCAAAGGCCACUUCCAUUAUAAGUGGAUCCCGGUGGAGGACAGUCACAUGGCCGACAUCAGCUCCCAUUUCCAGGAGGCUAUUGAAUUUAUCGAUUUUGUGAAGCAAGAAGGUGGGAAGGUACUGGUCCACUGCGAGGCAGGCAUCUCCAGAUCUCCCACCAUAUGCAUGGCCUACAUUAUGAAGACCAAGAGCCUGCAGCUGGAGGAGGCCUUCGACUUCAUCAAGCAGCGACGGGCCCUCAUCUCCCCGAACUUUGGAUUCAUGGGCCAGCUGCUCCAGUUCGAAUCGGAGGUCCUCUCCUCCACACCCCCGGCCACUCCCGCCCCCUGCAACCAGGAAACCGCUUCCCUCUUCACUAAGGAGUUUACCCUCGGCAAGAACUACGAAUCCUCCAUGUUCAACUUCCCUACCUCCUUUCUAAGCCCCAUACCAAUUCAGUCGCCAGUUCGUCAAUUUCAAUUAAACCCAAUUACUGCACUGCCUUAAACGUUCUGUUUGAUGUCCUAAAUUAUUUGAUUACUUGAAGAAAAUAAAGAAAAGGAAACAGUGACAUACACCUCUUCAGUGGAGUAUAAAAGAGGUGGGAUUUCCUGUAAAAAAGGGAAAAAGAAAAGCAAUCAGAAAACAAUUAAAGACAGGAUUCAUUUUGUCACUUCUGUUUCCCGGAAGUGUUUACUACUGAUGCUGUUGCCUUUGAUUUGCAUAGUAAACUACAGCACAGCAAUUAUACUGUAAUGUCUGCCUUACAUUGAUAAUGUGGUGUUUGCCUUUUCUCAAUGCCUGAACGGGAAUUCUUAAUUUAUUUAUCAUGUUUUUUAAUAAACAUAUUUCUCUGGAAAUAUACAUAAACCUUGUUCUUGUGUUUUUGACAUUUUAUAAGUCGGAACAUACAUUAUUGAAAAUGUAGGUACAACAAUAUUUAUGAUGUUUUCUAACUCAGGUUCUAAAUUGACAAGUAAUGCUCCAAUACCACCACAAAUGAAUCACCAAAUAAAAUAAUUGACCACAAUAAUGUACUUAUUUGCAAAUCAUCAUCAGGUACAUAGCUUCUUUCAUUAUUUAUUGUAUG